AUGGACCAACGAGGGAAGACACGUGGGCAUCGCUGCGCGGCUAAUUUCGGGAUUGCAAUAGCUGUGUUAUACAUCGUGUUAACAACGAUUUGUAUGGUUUCUUUGUACCGUAUUGUAAUAUCACAGACAGCAAGAAUACAAUCGCUCGAGACAGUCGCAGGCACAUUGGCAGCUCGUGUUUACAAGUUGGAAAGCAGCUUCACAGCUCAGAAAUCUCACGGAAGAUCUGCGGGUGAAACUGAAGGUGUUUUGGAGGAGAAAUCUAAACAGCUGAAAACCAAGGUUUGGCUGAUAGAUGUUAUCAGAGGCGCGAUUUUUACGUUGUCGCAAUUAAUUUCGUAUUCAAAGAUUGUUAUGAAUUUGUAAUUAGUGUUUUUAAGAGGGGACAGAAAGUAAUUGUUCAUUUCUGCUGUUUGCAGCUUGCUUUAAUCGAUACAUCACAAGAGAGAGCUAAAAGACAGAUGGGAGGUAUUUGUCCGUGUCUCCAAGGUAAUAAGUCUGUUGUUGCUUCAAUAAACAUGACAUUUUUUCGGUAUUUGAUUGCUAAAAGGUUAACAAGGGUGCAAGGAAUUAAGCUUACCUUAAAAAACACACACCGUCAAGGCCGAUAACAUGAAAAGCUUACUACGCUAAUAAAGCAUAAAGUUAAAAAAAGGCUGCAAAAAACAACUUAUAAGUGCGAUGGAGGGAAGAUCUGGGACGCCUGAACAACGUUUAAUAGCCAACGGUUUGAUCGUGUCGUGGAACACGUAAGAAAACCAAUAUGAGUAGUUUAUAACAAGGAGUUUCUUCCGCGAAAACAAGUACUAGAUAGGGUAUUGAUCUGUAGAAGGGCGUAAACGACGUGUGCCAGUUGAAAUAAAUAUCUCAAAGAAAACUUCAAAGAGAAACCAAACAGAUAGAUGUACCCAACUUAGGCGUGUUUACUUCCGCAUUGGAGACAAAAAGUCAUGCCGGUAGAUUGACAAGACCGCUGAUAAAAUAGUGUUUUAAAACGCGAUUCCGAGAAAAUGAAACAAUUAGAAAUGAAUAGAUUACGCCGACGGCGUAAAUAUCUCUGCAAAAACAAGCGUCUUCUAAUGAAUGCGCUAAAAAAUCUCAGUAUUAGAGACUGGAUUGGAAGCCGCGGUAGCGUUGACCAAAAUGCAGCGGACGGAUUUCUUAUUACAUUGUGCCUGUAGAAGCCGGUCGUUACAAGAUAUUCUUAUGUCAAGAAGAGAGACUUUAAAAUAACUGAAACGUAGCGGAAUUCGAGUUUGCACCCAUCGAAACUGGGCUGAUUAAAAAAGGUCAUCUAGAUUACAGAACUUCGCGUCCGCUAAUUUGCUAAAUGUAACAACAAAUUGUUAGAUUCUCACUUCCGGAGUAGGAAACGUUUUAUUUGAUAAAGCAUUAAGAGGAAGACUCCACUUAUGUAUAUUUAGGCUAUUUACGAUGAAAAUAUCCGGCAUUUCAAGAGCAAAGACGCCUUACCGAUUCAUGUAACAUUUGAUAUGGCACUUCACAUGUUAAGGAUUUUAACUGAAAUCCUCACAUUGAAGAAGACAAGACAAGCUUUGUUGUUAGUUACAAUCAAAGAGACUUGCGCAUUUUUGGUAACAUUUUCGUGUUCGCUCACUUCCAAAUUCUUCUAAUUGCAUCGACAAAUAAAGGCCUUUAGUUCACUUUUUAGGAAGUGUUUAAAUGACGGGCAGCAGGCUAAGGUCUUAAAAUCACCAAAUGACCGACGAAUGCGCCCGUGGCUGAUUUAACUUGUUUCUCUAAUAUAUUUGCUAAGUAGACAAAGUGAACUGGGGGUUAGAACAUAAGGAAUAUAGAGCUUUCUAUAAGGUUACAACCAUUUUUAGAGUUUUGAAAAUCUUGACUGGCAGCCGGCCAUAUAGCCUGCAGACACCUUUUUCAGCUCUUGUUUCACUCACCGAUAAAACGAGAGUGAAACAAAAGCUGAAAAAGGCGUCUGCUCUCGAAGGCUCCCGGCCACAAGCUACUUUUAAGCGCCCAUUACUGCCACGCUACGAUAUUGAACCGAGUGGAGCAUAUUCGGCGGUUGAAACUCGAACUGAACAACACACAAUUACUUUCAAGCUUCGUUGGAUUUUGAAGCAUGCAGGUUUCUGGAGAGGUGAAAGCUUUCCAACCGGCAUGUACUGCCCUCAAGCGUUCAGCGUUAGCGGCAGUUUUAUCCCAAAGAAUUGAUCAAAUUUGAACUUAAUCAAUUGUCAAAGCGUCCAUUUUGCUCUGAAAUUGGUCAAGGACUUAAAAGAAAGGUUGCACGCAAUAAAAUUAUCUGCUUUAUCGUAAUCGCUUUAAACUCUCUUUUCGUUUCACUUCAACAUCACCUUAUGCCUUUUGUCCUUAACAACUCUGCCAAGUCCUACUGAUUUCUUAGCUAUAGCGUGAACUUUUUUUGUUUACUCGGAAGUUCUCGGGUUGUUUUGGCUAACAAAUAAAUCCAAUCGGAAUGGUAGUACAAAUGUCACGAAUUUUAAGUCACGUAUUUUAAGAGAGAGCCUUCUAAACCAUUGUUUGUUAACCAGAGUAAUUUGUCUUCAGUCCUUGACGGCCUUGGCAACUUGACAAAAAAUAGGCUGGUUUUGUUGGCUCUAUUGUCUUUAAACAGAUCGGGAUUAUUUACCAUAACAUGACGACACGGUCAUAGGAAAUCAUUCGACAAGGCUUUCUAACGAUCUUUUGGCCAAAGAUUUUAGCAACUAUUAUAGAAAUUUGUCGGGAAAAAAAUCGAAUCUGUACCUGAUGUGCAAACGUAUUAUGGUGACUCUCCGAGAACUUUUAAUUAAUAAAACACAAGUUUUGAAAGUGACUAGGCCUUUUGCAGAUUCUUAAUUCAUUACAUUCGCCGGCUACCCGAUUAAAAUGCAACUAACUUUCAGAAUUCCGAUGCUAUGCUGUCUAGCAACCGAUGCACAAACCAGUCAGCGCUAAGAUAUAAGGAUCAAAAUGUAACCGUUGAAGGCAAAAAUUCGACCAGAUGUUACCAAAGGUGGUAAAAACACCCCAACUGGCACUCUCUUAAGAGGUGCCAAAUGAACCGACAAUUAAUUAACUGUUUCAAAAUAUACAGUUCAUCCGGUCACCUGUGUAUUCUGAAUAAUACUAAUUCACAGUAGACAGACGAUGCCCUUGUGGCGUGGGCGUAAAUUGCAUUUCAAAGAACAAAACGAUAGAAGUUUAUAACAAUAGCCUGACCAAAAUAGUAGAUAUUUACAAAAUCCCGACUUUGUAUAAAUGAUGCUGGAGGAAAAAAAUGACCUUGAUAUCGUUUAAUGGGGUCGAACAGACUUGAAAACAAUUGUGAACAUUUUGCAUACAAAUUAUUACAUCCACAAGGAGAGAUCAAUAAAAGAAACCUUCUAAAAAGACGCUUCUAAACGUUCUUUGUCUGCAUUGUGUAGUCUUAUCAGCGAUUACACAAAUUCUUUCAAAAUGUUUAGCUUUAUGUACAUAUCUUUAAGCGUUCAUGUGAUGAGUGCGUGUUAAUUGUUUGAAAAUGAUCAUCAAGUGACCCUUAGCGGCAGACGGAAAUAUGACUGGACGGGACUACCGGAAUACGUGGACGCGUGGAUUGCACUACAAUUGCAUGAUUCAAUAUGCAGGAUUUGAUUGUGCAGACGGCUGGAUAUUUUUUGGAAUCUAGAGCUGACCCAUGCUUGGUGCUAAUACUAUCAUUAACCUGCCUUCAUUAAAUUUCUCCUAGAACUCCGAUCUGUAAAGAUAACCUAUAUCUUUUUCAAAGAAUAUCACUACUAAGUAUUAAUAUUAAUAAUAGAGAAUGCUACUUACAACUUUUGUUCGGCUUUUAACUACAACCAACGUUUUUCCUUUCGUUUUAGGUCGUAAAGGAAGACGAGGUAAACGAGGUUAGUUUUUUUGUAAGAGUUACCCAGGCACCCAAUUUAAGUGGGUCAUCUUUAAGAGUAGCAACUCUUAGGUCCUGGGUAGACCACAAAACUUCAAGUCAAGGAAUUCAAGACAUCGACGAAUUGUCUGUGAUGACAUUUUGAACUGAAUUUAAUUUUGGAGCUCCUGUUACGUAAUCACACUCCUUUUCUCAUUUGUUUUUCAACCUUGGUGUUAUACGCAGUCGUUACCAGAUUUCUUACGCAAUCCUUCACGGACACUUUUGCGUUAAUUACAAUACCCAUAGUACUGGUCGAUCGUUUGGCAGACGUUUCCGAUAAAGUCGCGCAAUAUACCGUAAAAUUCCGAAAAUCAUCCCCUCCUUGUAUAAGCCCCUCAAACUUGUAACGCAAAAAACCCUCCGUUAAGUCGCCCCUCCAAAUAUAAGCCCCAUGGGGGCUUGUACUUGGAAAUUGCCCUCAAAUACAAAGUAAAACAAAGCAAAACCGGUAAAUUUUCUUCCAACUAUAAGGCUAUCCCAAUCGAUUUUGAAACGCAAAUUUCCCUCCGUAGAUAAGCCCCUCCGAAUAUAAGCCCCUCCAAAAAUAAGCCCCUCAAAAAGAGCCUUUGAAAAAUAUAAGCCCCAGGUCUUACUUUCGGAAUUUUUAUUUUGACUUCGCGCCACACUACGCUAUCAGAAGUCCUUGAACAGACUAAUCGUAAGAUCGUAACGCCACAUACAAAUGGCACGUUUUCUUCAGGGCACAAGGGAGAUCCAGGUCCUAAAGGCGAAGAAGGCCCUCCUGGGGCCAUAGGACCUCAAGGACCAAAGGGACCUCCAGGAGAACCUGGUGUGCAGGGACCAGAGGGUCCACCAGGUCAGUAUUCGGUAUUCUGGACUACAAGUAGUCAUAAACCGAGGGAGGGGAACAAGAGAGUAAGCUCGCUUCUUUUCCUGAGUCCCCCUUCUUGCCGCUUUAUUUGCUCGCCUGCCGGGGGCAUGGGCUUCUGGCGUGCUCAAGCGCGCUCUUUUUUUAAAAAAAACUACCGUCGUCAUCAAUUUUGUGCUGUUUCAUUCACAGACAUCAUCAUGAAAGACAGAAAGCCGUUGCACACGGGAUAUAAACCACAACGCACGGAGAGACUUUUAAAGUGAAUGUGCUGUAAAAACUGCUGCUUCGAAAAAGAGAAUAAGCUCUGCGACAGCACUAAACAUAUCUCGCCCCAUUCUCUUAAGUCAUUGGUUAAUGUUGCUACGUAGUCACUUGAGAUAUGCACGCGAAGCUAGAAAGUUUACGAGUAAACAACGGAUUUUGGCCUUUGUUCUCGAUAAAUGGAAACCAAACUUAAGAAAACAUAUAAAAUUGGGCCGUUAAAAAUGAAAAUACGAGAUAAUACUUUAAAAAAAGAAAACAAAAAUCUGACUUACGUUUGCCUGAUUUGACAACACUCCUCCUCAUUGCUUUAGAUGAGUGCACAACUUGUUAAAGCCAUACCCUUUUAAAUCAUCAUUUCCUAAAGACGAAGUAUACAACAAGUUAGGAGUGUGACAAAUCUAUUAAAACAUUAUAUAUUUUAUAGGUAAGGCUGGUCCCCAGGGCUCUAAAGGCGAUAACGGUUCGCAAGGGCCGUCUGGUGAAAAGGGGGAAGCGGGUACUACAGGACGAAAGGGAGACAUGGGCCUACAGGGUACCAAAGGAGAGCAAGGUUAGACACUUUGUUAUGUUACAAACUGCCAUGGUUGUAGGUAGAGCCCUGCUCAUGAAUGAUUGCCUGUCGAUUAAUAAUUGGACCGUACACAGUCCCUUACUUUUCCGUGACAUCGUCGAAAACAAGCACUUUAUUGCGUUACGGGUGGCAAUCAUGGUUUCAAAUGUUCCGAGUCUAGAGCCCCGUGCAAACGGACGCAACGUUGUUGGAUGUUACAAGCUGUAUCCGCUCGAACACCAUGUUGCAUGUUGUUGCUUGUUGUUGGGAGUUGUUACGCAAAGUUCGAAACCGGUCACACUUUUAAGCUACAUGCAAACGGACCCAACAGCUGUCAACAUGAUUGGGCCGUUUGCACGUAGCUUAGCCCGGGGAUGACUGUAAAAUCCACUUAGGGGGGUGGGGACGUAUUUAAGGGGGAGAGAAAAAUCUCCCCGCACAGCUAUAAACCCCAAACGCCUGUCCCCUCAGGACAAUUAAAACCGAGAUGGCGGCCUGUAACGUCGACUAUUUUAGGAAAAACAGGGGACUGUGAACAACAGUGGAAUUGACAAUUUAGUACCUAACUGACGCAAAACGCUGAGAAUCGGGUCAGGGCGCAGAGCGAAGAGAUCAGAAGGCAAAAGAAGUAGGCGCGAAAGUCGCUUCGCUUUUUUUCGCCUCACUUCUACGCGGAUCACCUCUUCAUAGACUGCUUUAGAUAGAGGGGGAUCGGGGAUCCACACCUUCCGUCUUCCGUACCGUGCACUCCCGAAUCCCGCUUCUUUUACCUUUGAUUCCCCCCCUUAGCCGUUUUUCAAUUGCGAAAUAUUAAGCAUUGUUGCGUAAUUUCCCCGCCCUACUUCUCCCGCUUCUCACCCUAGUAGAACUCCCACCUCCCACCCUUUCCUCUGCCACUUCCCGAACCCCUCCAGUCCCCCAUUCUCCCGGGCUCACACCCUCCUUCCCCCCCACAACAAGUCAGGCUUAGAUAAAAAAAAAAGUGUCUCGAGAGUCAGAGGAGAUUAGGUGCCUUGUUUGUCCGACUGUGCUUAGACGAAAAAGGGUUUAACUAACCUGACUUUUACCAUUGUCUAAAAACGCAGUCAGUUCAGAACACAGUUAGCCUUGCCAAACUAGGUGAGCGAUUUUGAUUUGGCACGAAAGUAAUACAGAGGGUGACAUAAUAUAAGUUCAAAACAUAGGUAAACGAAAACGAAUGUCAGCGAAAAUUAUCAUUUUGUGAGGGAAAAAAUCGUUGAAGAGGUAUUGUGCAAGAUAGUUGUAUUUCUUUGUGUAUUUUCUAACUGAAACUACAAGAAAGCAAGAGUUGUUAACGACAGUGAAAAUUCAACUUUUUCAGGACCACCUGGCCCGCCAGGAACAUCGGUGAGUAAUCAUGUGAACAUCAUAACCAUUAUAACACAGUAACCAUUCUAACAUGUUAAACAUAGAGAUAAGGUAAUUUCUUGUUUUAGUGAUCUAUCAAGAAAGUCUCAGUAUUUUUAAUUAUUUUCUUAAUGAUGUUUUAUUUCUAGAUGAGCGAAAGCAUCCACCUUGUUGGCGACGGACAAAGAAUUCGAAACCCAAGUAACUGUCAAUUUCUUUUGGGACAUGGUUAACGCUAAAUUAGAAUAUAAUAAUACGACUAUCUAUGGUAAAAACUCUGGAUCAGUUAAACGCCUUGACCAAACUUUAAGUGGCUUGCGAAGCUGAUAUUAUGGGGAAUGCUUCCAUUUAAACUAGCUCUGCUAAGUUGGAUGCUCCUGGACAGAUACUGAAUAUAAAUAAAUAAAGGGCCGAAUGCUAGAAUGUCCGAUGUGGUUUGAAAUACCGCAAAAAAGAGAGGGACUUAAACGAAAUAUAACAUUACGGAAAAAAAAACCUUUCUCAUUUCACCGCCAAGCUAAAUUUUUACAUCCUUUUACACCAUCUGUUUGAAUCAUGGGAGAGAUUUCUCUACUCAUAUAUAUGAUCGCCAAGUUGUUUAAGUGAGGAAACUGUAAGCUUUUUAGACUUUUUGUGGCAUUUUUCUGUGGUUUGUCAAUCAAGAAUUCAGAGCUCAAGAAAUAACGUAUGCACAGUACCUGCAUGAACAUGAGCUGGCUGCUAUAAGUGCGAAAGCUUUACGAGAAACGUUUAAGGAUUUCUGUCGAGACAAUUAACUUUUUCAAGUUAUUAACUUCAUUACUUAACAAGUUUUGGUUUUGUUUCCAGUAGAACCUCGCAUUACGAACUGGGAAGUAAGGCACAAAGAAGGCAGCAUCGUGUACCACUCAGAAUCUGGUCAUAUAGAGGUGAAGAAGACUGGAUACUAUUUCAUUUACAGCCAAAUGUUUUACUAUGAUGGUACCGCACUUCAAAUGGGUCAUUACACCUACAUAAACCACGACAAAGUUCUGGAAAGUUUGGCAAGCGUUGUUAGCGACCUGCGCAAGUACAAUACGAAGUAUCAUGGCGGGGUGUUCUUACUUCGAGCAAACGACACUCUCUCAGUUCAUAUCCCAUACACCAAGGUUUAUUACAUGGAUAGAGAGGGAAGCUUUUUUGGCGCAUUUUUGCUUCACAAAUACGAUGCCGAUUAAGAAAAAACGGGCUGGAAUUCAACCCAUUUAAAAGACUUUGCUGGCGACAGACGCCCGUCACCCCUUGAUUAGAAGUAGAUGGGUCAUCGUAUAAUGCUUAGUAACAAGCAGCGGUGUAAAUGGUUUAAAAGAAGUUCCGGGCAUAGAAAAAAAAACCGAACUGGAAAAUCAUUAGUACAUGCCUAACUAAUGAUUAAUAAGGAUAACUAACACCGCAUUAAUUGUCUUAACUAAGCCCAUUUAACACAUGUACUUACUUUAUGAGAAUAGCUGAAGCUAUAAUUGCUUUUGAUAGUGCUGGUUUUUAACGUUGCAUGAUCUGAACUGGCGCAGUUGGCUCUUGGUCUCGAUGCUGCCUGAUUUGUGCCUCGUGCCAGUACCUUGUCUCUGUUUGGCGGAGACGAUCAAUCGGACGUCAAUUACAAACGUGUCGUAGCAGACGCUCCUUUUUCGCCUCAGUUCUCAUCCUUGAGGACGCUGUUUACGCUACUCUGAGCAAGCAUUACAGACAACAAUCCGUCAAGUACAAUCUUGGACAAAGUUGAUGGAAAAUUUUGACCUUCUCCCUCCUUCCAAAUUAAGAAUGGAGAAAUGGCACGUUUUGCCUUUCGCGCGGCUUCAUCCUUGUUUUCGGGAGGAUGGGGGUCUGCUUUUUUAUUUUAUUCUGUCCACGAUUGUACAACUACUUUGGCUUAGGGGAGGGGUAGGUGGUUAGAGUCCCAGAAUCUUAUAUUGAUACGACUAAUCGACGUGGCAAAUCGUGUGCAACUACUUUCAUCGUGUAGUUUCAGCUUUCCCUGAAACGAAACUGUUUGCAAGCCGAGGAUUUCUACAAAGUGACACCACAAACUCCCCAAUUAACCAAAACCAUUUACGAGUAGUAUCUUUUUUACAAAGGCUGUGUUUGUUUCCAUGCAGUAUCUAAGCGCACGGUGAGGAAUUGGCAAGUGCAGCACAGAUCAGGCAGUAUCCAUUACCGUCGACAACAUGGCACUGUACAAAUACAGAUCGCUGGAUUUUACUAUGUUUACUCUCAGAUGUAUUACUACGACGGUAUGGCUUAUCAGAUGACGCAUCAGUUAUACGUUAACUCGCGCAAAUUCAUGCAGAGUACAUCAGCUGUUAUAAGCGAAGAAAAAAAGUAUAGCACCAACUACAAUGGUGGUGUAGUGUUUUUGAAUUCCACAGAUCAUAUUUCCGUGCGAACGCCAUUCUCAAGGGUGUACAAAAUGGAUCCAGGAUAUAGCUAUUUUGGUGCAUUUCUGCUUCAUCCCACGACUAAUUAACCAUUUUUU